AUGAAAUCCGUCGUUAUCGCCCUUUGCACUUUGGUUGCGGCCACUGCCGCUCAGGGUUCUGCCAACCUCGCCGCCUGUGGUCAAACCUGCGCUGCCAACAUGUUGAGCGCCAACAAGGCUGAUGAGCUCGGCUGCAAACAGAAUGACUUGAGAUGUCUCUGUGCCAACAAGAACUUCCUUUACGGCCUCCGAGAUUGCUCCGCAGCUAUCUGCUCGACUGAGGAUGCCAAAAAGGUUGUUGAGUACGGUAUCAGCAUAUGCGCUGGAGCUGGUGUUGCGAUCCAGACAAGUUCUGCAGGUGGAAGUGGCAGCACUACUCGCACUGGAAGUGCCUCUGGUAGUGCUACCGAUGUGUCCACACUCCCCACUGCCACUGCUACUGGUGCUAUCACUGAAACCCUCCUCACUACCGUGACCUCAGACGGCACGACCAUUACGACCGGUAUUGCUACCGCCACCGGCAACGCGAGCAAUGGAGUCGUCUCGACCUUCACCUCUGCCGUUACAGAGUCCGAUGGCAGUGUUCACACGACAACGGGACAGACUACUCUUACUGGGGCUAUUUCUGUUACCCUGACCGGCUCUGAACCUCUCGCCACGAGCACUGACAGCGGCGUCUUGACGACUGUGACUUCCGGCAGCUCUGCCAUUGUCAAGACUCUCACCACGAAGUCGACCACCGCCACAGUCACUGAAUCAGCAACGCAAACUGAGACUACUGGCGCCGAAACCACUGCGACCGAGACUACGACGGAGACUGCCAGUUCAAGCGCUUCCGCCGCAUCCAGUACUGGCGCUGGUGUUCCGCAGAAGACUGCUGGUCCCGUCGGCAUCAUUGCCGCCGCCGGGACAGGGCUGAUACACAUGCUCGCAUCGUCCGUCUGGCUUGAGGGCCCCAAGAUUGCCGUGUACCGGGCAUAA